AUGGCUGGCAUUCCUCCCAGAAUUUUAAAAGUAUGUCAUUUGCAUUUAUUAAUCAAACUUCUUUAGGAAACUCAACGUCUUGCUUAAGAACCAGUUGUUGGUAUUUACGCCGAGCCAAGCGAAAAUAAUCACAGACACUUCUAUGUUAAAAUAGCUGGUCCUGAGGGCACUUCAUACGAAGGCGGCAUGUUCCACGCUGAACUCUAUCUUCCAGACGAGUAUCCAAUGGUCCCACCCAAAGUUCUCUUCAGAACUAAGAUCUUCCAUCCAAAUAUUGACAAGUUAGGUAGAAUCUGUCUAGAUAUUCUCAAGGAUAAGUGGAGUCCUGCUCUCUAAAUUAGAUCCGUUCUUUUGUCAAUUCAAGCUUUAUUGUCAGCCCCCAACCUUGAUGAUCCUCUUGACUAAGAAAUUGCUGAUUUCUGGAAGAAAGACCCAGAAGCUGCCAUCAAGAAAGCUAGAGAGUGGACUGUCUAAUAUGCUAACCAGAAGCUAAUGACAGUAAACAUCAAUUUAGGUAUCGAUAUUUUGAUGUUAAUAAUUAAUCACACCUUUAGGAAAUUGUAUAGAGAGAUAAACUAUGAGAGUAUUUAGAAAAUGCAGAAUAACUUCUUCUUUCAAAAGGCAAUUCAAACAAAAAAUCAACUCUAUGACACAAUGCAUUUUAAUGGCAUAUUGGAAAAUCCAAAUACUCCUAAACUUAUAUUAUUCAAGAAAUAAGGCCCAACUCAUUCAUCUCAAGACUAUUCUAAUGAUCAUUAUAACAAGCUUUCUAAUAAUAAGACAUUUUACAAGGACUUUCUUAAUAAGAUACAAAAAAAUCCUAAUAAUUUAAACAACACUCUCAUGAACAACAAACUAAUCUAGUAGGAGUUUAAUCGUCGUUUAUUGCCAUCUGAAAGUCAUUUAUGGACAGAAUUUAACAAUCAUUUUAAAGAGGGCAGAAGAUCUCGCAGUAAAAAGUUGAGUCAUCACGACUUUAUAGAUUUGCCAAACCUGAGCUAAUCUAAUUUGAUCUCCCCUCAUAAUAAGACAACUCAUUACAGAAGACUCCCAAAUGAGCUUAGUUAUGCGAAUGAUAUAUUUGAUCAUGAUGAUAAAAUGCGAACAUAAAAGAGAAAUUUAGAUAGAUUGCUUAAGUCCAGUGAAGUUAUCGUACUUAAUGCUAGACCCCAGAGGUAAGCUAGAAAUAAAAGAGAGCAAGACAAAAUCCCUCUAUAUAUGCCCAAGAGAUAAAAUGUAUUAUCUCAAGAAUAGCUUUAAGAGUUGGAAGUAAGCCCAGAGUAAAAGAAGCGAGAUUUUCUCCAAAAGUAAAAGGAUAAAAUAAGAGAAUAAUCUAAAUAAUUAGAGAAAAGAAGUAUAUUUGUUGUUAAAGACUGUUAAGACUUAUACGAUAAAGAGAUUGAAUUUCAUUAUGCAGAUUUGAAUGAAAAGUUAUUGAGAAUGAUUCCAGAUAAAAUUUUGGAGUCAUAAAAUGCAUAAAGACUUAAUAUCUUUGAGAAGCUAAAUUUAGCAGCUCCAUCUUACAUCAUUCAGAAAUAAAAUUUAUAGGAAAUGCUUUAGGAUAUUGGAGCAAGAUUUGGUAAAGAUUAAAAAGCCUUAUUUACCAUAUAUGGAUAGAGAAUCACCUCUGUUAUUUAGAUUCCUCCAAAUGCAAGAAUAUUAGUAUCCUCACCAUCUAAAAAAUUCAAAGGACUCUAAAAUAUUAAUAAGAUAGAGUAAAUUUUGAUUGAUGAAUAGCGUAACUCAUUCGAUAAUAGAGGAUAAAGCUCAAAACUUGAGAAUGCAAUCAAUAAUGGGCAAUAUGCCACUCAAGUUCAGAGUUGGUUUUAAACAGCUUGCAUUAAAUGGCUUAAGAAGAAUUAGAACUUCAGAUUCCCCUCAGACUGCACAGUAACUGAUAAUAAUCUUAAAACAUUUCAAUCAAGUCCCAAGUAAGAGAGAGCAGAUAGGACUAAUUAAGCUGCAUAUUAGGAAUUCACAGAGCAAAUGUUUCAAAACUAAGAUAAAGAUCACAAAUUGAUGGAUAGUUUUGCAAGGUAAAGAACUGCUUUGAGACAAUCUUCAGUAAACUCAAAUAAUCAUGACUUGUUAAAAUUUAUGUCAGCGCUAUAGCUAUUGCCUUAAAAGUAGUCUUUUAUUAUGACUGCUUUAUAAGAGUUAUGGGAUGAAGUUUAUAUUCACGAUGAACUAGAGGAUGAAAUUGCAAGAAUUAUUUGCGAGAAAGUAGUUUAAGUUCGAUAAAAAUCAAUAUCAAAGAUAAAUCAUAACAUUAUGAAGUAGAUUGAUUCAUAAUCCCAUGAAAGAUAGUUUAGACAUAAAAAUUUCAGUCAUCUUAGAACUCCAGCCAAUGUUGAGCGAAUGAAUUAAAGUCUUAUUGACAAUGCCCUAGAGAAACUCAAUAAUAUUAAAGUAGAUAGUAGUGAAUAAGAAAUUAAGUUACUAAAUAUGACUCCGAAAGACAUCAAAGUCAAUAAGAUAACAUUCAAGAAUAGACUCGUAUUCUCACCAAAUAACUUGCAAGUUAGAUAACCUUCCAGUCAUCUUUUCAACAAAUCUAUGAAUUCUACUCAAACCAAUUAUUAAACCCCAAAAAUUUCUGAUAAAUUGCUCAAGAAUUCAGAGAUAAUCUUAAUCUGCGAAUAAAAUAAAUUGAGCAGAAAGGAAGUCUAUGAAAUCAGGAGUCUUUAUUUAUCUAUGCAAUUGGUUUCUGAAUAGAUAAUAGACUAAGAGAAGCAGGACCUGAGGGCCUCUAAGCAGUCAACUUCCUCUGCAUUUGGAAGCAGAAAGAAUAGUUUGAUGAAGCAUAAUCCUCUUUAAUAAGAGGGUGUCAAUAUAUAGUACUUCAUCGAUCAUUGUUAGUUUAUUGCUGGGACACUGCCAUCAAUCAGAAAAAGGAUAUUAAUGGCAAUAGGAAUCGAUGUAGAUUCGUCAACUAGUGUGGUAAAUUGGGAGUAAUUUUUACAACUCUACUGCAUUUUCGAGCAUGCUAAAAUAGAUUAAGAUAAGUUAAUAAAUUUCUGGAUUAAAUUUUUUGAUGAGAAACUAGCUGGAACUGUUCCAGAAGAGACAUAUCUAAGACUGCUUGAGGAAUUGGUUAGAGGUAACACCUUUGGAAAGCCUAAUAAAACUACAAAAAUGUUUGGACUUAUGUUUCAAAAGCUAUUGAAAGAUGCUGAUUGUUUAGGCCAUAAUAAUGAAAUCAUAAACGAAAACUUAAUAAAAGCAUUCUAGGAAGAUAUUAUUGAUCUUGAUAUCCUAAGCAGUGCAUUAGGGAAGUAGUAGUUAGAUGAAAAGACACUUAUGAAAAUGAAAGUAUGA